UUAAUCCGGGAAUUGGGGAACAAAAUCGCUUUAUUGCUAUGCUCUGUGAUAACCGGGAGGACGGCUCUCCGUUUGGUUAAUAAUAUUAAAAAAAGAUCGCUUGAGGAGACUAUCAAUGGCUCAUAGCACUACUAACAAACCGGAGAAGCCUCUUUCGACUUUAUGGGGUUGCGAAUUGAACGAAAAAGACAGGACGAGCACGUUUGCAACUGACGACUCGAAGCACCAACACCAGUUGGCUCUCAGAACGAUGUGCUUGGGAGCCGACGCCAAGGACGAGUUCAACAUCGUGGAGCUGGUUUCCAAAUCCGAGGACGGCGCCGAGAUCCGAGCGGUGCCGCUGGCGACGCUGAAGGCCUCCGCGAUGCCCACGGUCAACCUGUCUGGCAUCGACCUCAUCCCGCCCGUGACCUUCAGGCUGAAGACCGGCUCGGGGCCGGUGUAUGUGAGCGGAGAGCACGUUGCGUUGGAAGAUGAUUACUCAUUCGAUGAGGACAUGGAAGAGGAGGAAGAGGAGGAGGAGGAAGAGGUGAUUGAAGAAUCGCCCCCCAAGCCUGUGAAGCCUGCCCGUAAGAAUACAGGGGCGGGCAAGAGGAAGAAGCCAGAGAAAGGCGAGGAGGAGGAAGAAAUUGUUUCGGAAGAGGAGAACAGUCCACCUAAAAAGGGAAGGGGGAGAGGAAGAAAGCCAGCUGCCAAGAAGUAGAUCACCAGCCAGCUCCUGGAGGUGCAGUUCACGGAGGGAGAGCCCUUGGGGAACACCACGCAUGUUGUAAAUAGGUUUUUGAUAUGAGGUCAUAGCGGAGCCUCGGCUGUUUUUGCCAUUUCUCCUGAUGGGAUAUUUGAUUUUGUUUUAUCAGAGUGGACCGCAGAGCACUGGGGGCGGGGGCAAUGGGAGCCUGCAGUUAGUCUGUUUAGCGGAGGGCACAGUGGGCCGUCUGAGCAGGAUUGCUCAGGGGCUAAUAAAGCGAUCUUCUUGGGAUGCGUGUCGCCCACCUUCUUCCUUUCCAAAGCCUCCAGCAGCCUGGAGCAGCGGCUCAGGGGCUCCUGUUUGCUUCUUGAAUGUUACUGUUUUCUGUUGUACCAUUUGCCUGCAACGCUUCUUCAAAUCGCUGUUGAAAAGGCUCUACAGGGGGAAGUACCCAGGUAUUGUUCAGUCAAGCUGUGGAUCAGGGUACAGGGAUAAAUAUUUGAUGGUAGAAGGUUUAAAGGACACUCGGUUCCUAAGGGUCUGGGGUCUUGUGGAAGUAAUUCCUGUAUUUUCGACUAGCUCCUCUAAACAUUGAGUACAAUGUACAUGCAUGAGUUCUCUGCUUUUCUUUGAAAACAUGCUAAAAGAUCAUGUGGAUGAGGUGUUAACCCUGGGGUCUCGUCUAAACUGUGCUGUGGGCGAUAGCAACGUCCUGCUGCUUGGCCUGAUCUGGUGAAACAGAGCUGCUGGAGCAGAAUGGUGCUGUCGCCCAGGUGGGGGCAGCUCUUUACUGGGGAUGAAAAGAAAGCCCUUAUGCUCACAUUGGAUGAGCUUUUGCCUCUCGCCUAUGGAGGGCAGUACUGUGCUUUAAAACUCACGAUCUAAAGUCAUGUGCCAAAGCAAUGCUUUGUAGAACUGCCUUACAUUCUGUGCUGUACAUUCACAGUUUACACUGUGCUGUAAAGCAUCAGUGUUGCUGUAAAAGAUUGUGUCCACCUGAUUAUAAAGCAAUAUCUCCACGCAUGCA